GAAGCAGCUUCAAACAUACAAAAUCUCUUUACUGCAUCAAACCGCAACAAUGCUAGAAACAAAGACUUCUGACAGCCUCUUGCGCAAUAAUGUCAAUUUUCCAACAUUCAGCGACCUUCCGCAUGAGUAUCAUGUUGACCCCACCUACUACGUCGAGGGCCCGUACAGAAUUGUACCCAGACAACACUGGUGCUUCCUUGGUGAGAUCGUCGGCUCCUACGGUCUCUUCCGAGUCCUAUUACGCGUAAAGGAUAAAUGUGGUCAAGUCGUCACCAUCGGCCUAUACACAGACGACCGCGGACACACGCUCACUCCGCAAAUCAAGCCAGGCCACACAGUUGCUGUACUGUAUGGCGAACAGCAUAGCUUCUUAGACAUGACCGUCGGCAUACGGGUCGAAGAACCCUCCAUUAUCAAAAUCAUACCAUGCUCGCUUGAGCAGCUGCUGAAGGCCAGCGAUGAUGUGGCCGCAUGCAACUCGAACACCCAAUCAAGAUGCUGUGGGUCUUGUGGUAAAGAGGAGAAUACUUCUCAUAAUACGCACUUGCUCUUGUGCUCCCGCUGCAAACAAACGUCAUACUGUGGAGAGGCUUGCCAGAAGCAAGCCUGGGUGGACGGUCACAAGGCUGACUGCAAGGCACUUGUUUGGGUACAGUGGUGCGCGGCAAGAAACUGGGGAGUGUUCGAUGGAUAUUUUAAUUUCUGAUGCUUUUGCGCUGAUCAAUUUUGGCUUUGCAAAUUAUGCUAUUCUCCUUCUAGUCGCAUUGUAUUGUUCUACUGUCAGCCCAGAAACGUCAUUUCUCGAGAUAUGUAGCUACCCAGGAUUAUCAAGAGUAUGAACCAUUAUUGUGAUUCACUACUUUAAGGGAAGGAGUGAGGGAAACGUAUUCCGCUUGCUGCGCAUCUGUUAUCGUCGCUCCACCACCGAUAGUCA